CUUCAAGAUUUGCUGUUUUUUGACUAAAUUUCGACGUCUUAGAAAGGGAAAAAGAAUGUCCGAUACAUCAUCAUCGGACUCCAGGACCUCGAAUGCAGAAUUAAUGAGGGAGGAUGAACGAAUCAACGAGACCAAUAUCAAUGAUAUCAACGCUAGCACUGAACCAACACAGCACAACCAAAAUCAAUGCUGCAAAUCGAAGCGACAGCGUCUCCGCGACGGAUGGAACCGCGUUCGAAGGAGCAUCGCUUCAUUAGCGAAACCAGGCCUCAGACGCGACAUGCUAAGUUGGUCUUCGGUCGUGAUAAUCGGAACCUCAGCGGUCAUCUCCCUCCUCUACACCAUAAUCUUCAUCGCCGUCCCGCACUCCUCCUACUCAGCAACCACCCACAACUUCAUCUCCAACAACCCCAUCCUCACCGACGGCCAACCCAUUGAUGGCCUCUCCCGCUGGCUCGAAGACUUCUCCCGCUCCGUGAUCCCAAUAAUGUGCCACUCCCACAACGACUACUGGCGCCCAUACCCCCUUUUCUCCGCCCUUGCCACAGGCUGCACGGGAGUGGAAGCAGAUGUCUGGUUGCAGGACGAUGGUGAGACACUGCUUGUCGGCCAUGAUCGCGGGUCGCUACGUCCGGAGAUGACGCUCGAGAAGAUGUAUUUGGACCCGUUGUUUGAGAUACUGGAGCAUCGGAAUCCAGGGGAGGUGUGGGAGAAUAAUACGGUGUAUGAUCGCGCACGGGGGGUGUUUCAGACGCAGCCGAAUAUGACGCUUGUGUUGAUGAUUGAUGUUAAGACUGAGCCGUCGGCGACGUGGAAGGCUGUCCUAAAGAAGCUCGAGCGCUUCCGCCACCCCACAAAACGCUACCUCACCCGAUACGAGAACGUAUUCCCUGCUCCGGGCUUUGUCGAACGGCAAGAAAUUUGGCCAUCUGCACUCACAGUUGUCGGCUCCGGCAACAUGGAGGGCGACACGAUUGUCAAUCUAUAUACCGAGAUCGUUCCCAUCGACCCCGUAACCGGAGAAGGUGGACAUUCAUACUACUACCGUUACCACGACACUUUCCUCGACGCACCAUUGGGUCAACUGCCGGAUGACAAUACCUUCUGGAGGGCUCCUGAUGGCCAGAGUGGCGGCUCGUCGAAGAUGUGGUAUCCGGGGAAUUCGUACUAUGCGUCUGUGUCGUUCCAACAGUCCAUCGGGAAUGUGCGAACGGGGUUUAGUGAGAAACAGAGGGCGAAACUGCGUAGUCAAAUUCGGACAGCGAAGAAGAGCGGACUCCUUGCACGGUACUGGGAUUUGCCUUCUUGGCCAAUCAGUUAUCGAGAUUAUGUGUGGCAGACGUUGACAGAGGAGGGAGUCGGUAUGUUGAGUGUGGAUGAUCUUGAGAGUGCGGCAAGGAGGGGGUGGACGAAAGGGUAUAUCCGGGAUGUGGUGUGGAUGAUUUGUUUGAGUGUGUACAUAUUUUUGUGUUCGCUAGCAGCGUUGUGGUUUGGGUACAGAACGAUCCGAAGGUGGAGGAACCAGCCAAGGCAGGACAUUUACCUCGAGUGAAAUUAGAGGAAGAAAGGGGCCAGACAAGAACUUCAGAACGUGACAGGGAUGAACAGAUAUGAACCCCGGGAAUAGAAGAAAAAGGGCAUGUGCUACUUAUGUAUGGUGGUAACUUUAGCACUUACGGUAGAUCAUUAGUGGGCUUGUUUUUCGG